CGUUCGAGCGACCAUAACCUAGUUCACUAUUUUUUAUAAUAAAUUCUGCUGAGAAAAAGUGUCGGAGUUUUUGCAAAUUCAAAUUUUUUUUUUUUCGCGCGCUUUGUUAAUUUUUUUAUAUUUGAAUAUUUAUCGGAGAUCCGGCUCCGGAAUCGACUUCAGAGUGACAAGUGUCACUGAGUGACACGAGACAUUAAAUAAAUAAUAAUAAUAAUAUAUAUAAAAUAUAAUAAUAAUAUGAAAGUUAUCAGUUAACAUUUCGAACUCGUGACAAUAAGCAGCAAAAGUUGUUAAAUAUUUUUGGGUUGAGUUGGACCAAUUGUCAAUGGACAUUUGCUCAUUACCUAGUUAUGUAUUCUGUAAAAUUAAGUUAUGUGUCAAUGUCUACCUCGUGGUUAUCAUUUAAAACGUGACAUCUCAUCAUUCUGUCAUUAUUAUUAUCAUUAUUAUUUAUAUUUAUAAUAAUUGCUGGUGAUAAAUGAUAAGAUUAGAUUUAAAAGUAGAUUGAAUAAUAUUAAUAUAUUUUAUAUUUAUAUAAUAAAUUUAAUUUUUAAUUACGGGUAUAGUUUUAUUUUUAUAUUUAAUUAGAAAUGGUGAAUAUUGAUAAAAUAAAAGAGACUUAUCCACUGCAUUGGCUGGUUUGGAAUAAUGAUUACCAUCAGCUUGAUACUGUAUUGUCAACUAAUCAGCAUGACAAAGAGAAACAUGAUGCUAGAGGCAGGUCGCCUUUGAUGCUGGCGGUAACGCUGGGUUACAAAGAAUCUGUGGAGGUUUUGUUAAACCACGAGGCUAAUGUUUAUACAGAAAAUACGCAAGGAUGGAGUGUGGUCCAGGAAGCAACGGGUACAGGUAAUCCAGAGAUAUUGCAAAUGGUAUUGGCACGCAGAGACUAUCAGAGAUAUUGCAAUCGGAUUGAUGGAAUCCCUGAAUUACUUCAUAAGUUAAAACAAGCACCGGAUUUUUAUGUUGAAAUGAAAUGGGAAUUUACUAGUUGGGUUCCCUUGGCAUCGCGUAUGUGUCCCAGUGAUACUUACAAAGUAUACAAACAAGGAAGUAAUGUAAGAAUAGACACCACAUUACUGGGUUUCGAUCACGCGAAUUGGCAACGCGGUAAUCUCAGUUACGUCUUCAAAGGCCAGAAUGACGGCGCUACGAUGAUGGAAGUGGACCAUGAGACACGAAAAGUCUACGUCGAGCACAUGAAAUUAAUAGACGACGAAAAUGUCCAGCUGAUGGCGCCCUCCGAGGAAGGAAUCGUCGCUCGACUGACCAAUCCGAUAGUUACGACCUACGUUGACACGGACAAAAUAAGUUUCGAGAGAAACAAAGCCGGGAUAUGGGGGUGGAGGUCGGACAAAAGUGAAGUGAUUAAUGGCCACGAGUGUAAAGUCUUCAGUGCCAGUAAUGUCGAAUUGAUCACUAAGACACGUCUUGAACAUUUGUCUGAGGCAGAUAAAGUACGGAGCCAUACACCCCGUACUCCACUUCAAUCUUUCCUAGGUAUUGCUGAACAACAGCAGGAAGAAAAUGGCGGUGCUACGUGUAGCGAAGAAUUUAUCAAUGUGGGAAAUCAUUCAAACAUAACUCCCGAAGAAUACUUCGACCCGGAUGUUGAUCUAAAUGGCCGCGACAUCGGGCGACCUAAAGAAGUCAACACCAAAAUUCAAAAAUUCCGCGCGACUUUGUGGCUGUCAGAAGAGUAUCCACUGAGUCUUCAGGAACAGAUCAUGCCGAUCGUUGACCUGAUGGCGAUAUCCAGUACCCACUUUGCUAAACUAAAAAAUUUUAUUCAAAUGCAACUGCCUUCAGGUUUUCCCGUUAAAAUCGAAAUUCCACUGUUCCAUGUGUUGAAUGCGAGAAUAACCUUCGGGAACAUCUUUGGACUAGACCAGGAAGUGCCGCACGUGAAGAGGAUUCAAGAAGGCACCAGGACAACGUGCGUCGUUGAUGAUAUUUGCUUCGAAGCACCACCAGGUUACAUAAAACUCGGCGCGCUCGAUCGUACGCAAUUCAGUAUUGAAGAGGAAGAUGAUCUUCUGCAAUUCGCUAUCCAGCAGAGUUUGCUCGAGGCCGGCAGUGAAAGAGAUGAGGUCGAUAUUUGGGAAGCUCUGAGAGCCCAGAAGCCCUCACGACCGACAACCCCGAAUUUGCUGACUGAAGAAGAACGUCAGCUUCAAAGAGCAAUCCAGGAGAGUUUGGAGCUCUACCAAGAGACUGCGGAAUCUCUUGGCGAAAACGGGAGGACAAGUUCUAGGUCAAAUAUUAUAGACGGGCAUGAGAUUGGGAAUAAUGAACUCAUUGAAGAUCCAACUGCUGAUCAAUUGAAAAUAGCGAUGAGACUUUCAGAACAGCAGCAGUUAGAAGACGAACAGAGACGACUGCUCGAAGAAGAAACUUUUCGUCAGGUGCUUGAACUUUCGCUUACUGAUAAAUAAUUUAAGUUUUUACUUAGGAAUUUAUAAUACUGGAUUUUUAUUAAUAAGGAGGCCAAACUAUUAUGGUAUUGAGAUCUUCCUUAAAGGAAAAAAAAAAAAAAAUAAAAAAAUGAUUGAUAAUUAAUAUGUUUAAGUAAAAAAAAAUAAUCUUUUGAUUACGAUGCUUUUAAUAAGCGUCUGGAUAAAAUGGCUGCCGAUAAUUAAAAUUUUAUACUGCGAUUAGCAAAUAUAAAAGUUAAUAAAUAAUAAAUAAAUUAACAUCUUAUAUAAUAGAUAAUUUAAAUAAAAGUAUCAGAAUGUAGCUUAGGUAUGAACGAAUUGAAGAUUUUAUUAAUUUCUUAAAUUAAAUAUUUUAUAUGGGAGUGAUGCGAGUAGCUCACGGAUUCAUGAUAAUGAUAAUAAGUAUUAUUAUUAUUAUUGAUAAAUAAUUUGGAAGGUGAAUAUCGAUAAUGGUGUCGCGUGAAUUCUAAUUGAUUGAAAGUAAAUAAAAACUAAUGUGUAAGUUACCGCUAAUUGUCAAUGUAAUUGACGUAAAUCACUCAUUAAAUAAUUCUUUAUUUGAA